CCAUUGUAAGCGAGCGCCACUCACUCACACAACCCACUACUGACCCGGGCAACGAACGCCUCUUUGAAAACCCGGAUAAUGAGGGGCUCUGGUCGUCCCACAAGCACACAGAACCUGGAUAGGACUGCGGGAUUUGUGCUCAUGGUGCGGUAACCACGAUGACUUCUUUGGAAGACUACGCGAAGCGUCCAACGUUGGCAGCCCCAAGGGAGCUCACUCAAAACCCGCUUAAGAAAAUAUGGAUGCCUUGCAAAAAUGGCCUUCCAGAAAAAAAUAUUUCUCAAAGAAAGGUGUGUAUGACCAACUGCCCCACCCUCAUUGUAACAGUGGGCCUCCCUGCCAGAGGAAAGACCUACAUCUCCAAGAAGUUGACUCGCUACCUGAACUGGAUUGGCGUGCCCACCAAAGAGUUCAACGUGGGCCAGUACCGGCGAGAGUGUGUCAAGAUCUACAAAUCCUUUGAGUUCUUCCGUCCAGACAAUGAAGAAGGCCUGAAGAUCCGCAAGCAGUGCGCGUUGGCGGCCCUGAACGAUGUCCGGCAGUACCUUGGAGAAGAAGGAGGGCAUGUGGCGGUGUUUGAUGCCACAAACACUACAAGGGAGAGGAGAGAGACCAUCUUAAGGUUUGCUGAACAGAAUGGCUAUAAGGUGUUUUUUGUAGAGUCUGUUUGUGAAGACCCUGAUGUCAUCGCAGAGAACAUUGUGCAAGUGAAGCUGGGGAGCCCAGACUACACAGACUGCAAUACAGAGGAGGCUGUAGAAGACUUCAUGAAGAGGAUAAAGUGCUAUGAAAACUCAUACCAGACACUGGACGAGGUCUUGGAUAGAGAGCUGUCCUACAUAAAGAUCAUUGACGUGGGCAGGCGGUACCUGGUGAACCGGGUCCUGGACCACAUCCAGAGCCGCAUCGUGUAUUACCUGAUGAACAUCCACAUCACGCCGCGUUCCAUCUACCUGUGCCGGCACGGCGAGAGUGACCUCAAUGUCCGGGGCCGGAUUGGCGGCGACUCCGGGCUGUCGAUGCAUGGCAGGGAGUUUGCAAAGUGUCUGGGGAAGUUCAUCCAGGACCAGAACAUCCCAGAGCUGAAGGUGUGGACCAGCCAGAUGAAGAGGACCAUCCAGACGGCCGAGGCACUGGGGGUGCCUUACGAGCAGUGGAAGGCCCUCAACGAGAUUGACGCAGGUGUGUGUGAGGAGCUGAUGUACGAGGAGAUUCAGGAGAACUUCCCUCUGGAGUUUGCCCUGCGGGAUCAAGACAAGUACCGCUACCGCUACCCCAAGGGGGAGUCCUAUGAGGACCUGGUACAGAGGCUGGAGCCGGUCAUCAUGGAACUGGAGAGGCAGGAGAACGUGCUGGUCAUCUGUCACCAGGCCGUCAUGCGCUGCCUUCUGGCCUACUUCCUGGACAAGUCCGCAGAGGAGCUGCCUUACUUGAAGUGCCCUUUGCACGCGGUACUAAAACUCACUCCAGUGGCUUACGGCUGCAAGGUUGAGUCCGUCUGCCUGAAUGUGGAAGCGGUAAACACCCACAGAGAAAAACCGGAGAAUGUAGAUGUGACCCGCAUGGCAAAGGAAGCUCUGCUGACAGUGCCAGCCCAUCAGUGAGGGAGGCAGUCUGUCUCUUGUCAUUUACACGUCUCAUUCAUAAAUAUGGCAAAGUCCAGUGAUGCUCAGAAAACUGGAGAGCCAAGGUUAUUAGUAUUUUGGAUUUAAGUUUGUACUGCAGACAGAACAGAGUUGUUAUGGUGAUAUGAAUACCACUCGAUAUGUUGUUACAUAUUUUGUCUUUAGUGGGAAUUCCAAAUACAAUGAGACUGAGUGGGUAAGUCUGUGGUAGAUGGUCUUGAGAGCUCAAGUCUGCAUGAAUUGCAAUUGAAAUUUUUUUUAAACGUCUGUCUUCAUCUACAUGUUAAGUCACAAAAUAGCUCAUGGUUCAGUGUGUUGUAUCUGUGAAGGGUGACCGAAAUGGUGCAGUCUACCUCAUAACAUGUUUUUAAGGUUAUCAAAAAUGUUUACAGGAAAGGGUAGCAACACAAAUAUGAGGUUUUUUUUUUUUGGGGGGCGGGGGGGGGGGGGGGGCAUGGCGGGUGGGAUUUAGAUGUUUUAGCACUGAAGGAAACUUUAAUGUCUUGCCUUUUUGAUUUUUUACUUUUUAUUUGGACUCCACAGCCCACCCACACUCCCAGGAAAAAAAUUGUGCAUAUUUGUGCUUUGCUUUAGCUUUUUUUUUUUAGGUAAUGGAACCUGGUGAUUGUGUUGCAUUUUACAUAGUGCCGUUUGUUUUGUUCCCCCCCCCCCCUGUUUGGAAUGUCAAAUCAUUCAUCAGCAAAGCUCAUUGCUACAACCUGUGCUACUGAUUCAGGAGAGUGCAGGCAAGCUUGUGUUCUUCUCUCACGCAUGUGAUGUCAGCCGCCUCUUAUCACGCUGCAGUCUGCAUGUGGUGCACUGUGUGCGCCCAAGCGGGGCUCACUAGUGCACGAUAAAGCGCUGCCACUCCAGCUAGCUGAAACCCUCCCUUCUCUAGCGCCAGUUGUGCAGUACCCGACAGGGCUGCCAGCUGCAGUCAGCACUGGCAUGAUCUGGGUGAUAAACCAGGCUAUGGGGCUCAUCUGUGCACUGCAAUAGUGCGUUAACAGGGUAAGCCUCCCAGUGGCCCCCAUGCAGUUUUAAUCCUGUUAAAUAACUUGUUCACAGCAUGCCAGUCUUAUUUUCUAUUUAUUUUUAUUUUUCAUUUUUUUGGAACCCCCCCCAACGGGAGGAUUCCAUAAUGCCUUAUGAGGCUUUGCUUGUGUAAUAUCUGUGCUGGCAUAAUUACUAACAAUCAGAAUAUUAAUUUGGCUUGUCUGGUUCUUUUUUUUUUCUUUUUAAAAUGUGAGUAUAUAUUUUUUGUUGUGUGUGCUAAUGAUGAAUGUAUUUGUCAUGAUGGUGGAAUUGAUGUAAUGUGCAGGUCAGAUAAACAAUAAACCUAUGAAAAGCUGUCCUGUGUUGUCUUCCCCUCCCCCCCCCCCCCCCCCCUUCUGCUGUCUUCAGAGGUAGCUUCAGCUUCUUUCUUUUUUUUGCUGACCUUAAGAGGUGAUCUCUUUGUGUCACAGUUUAUAGCUAUUGAUUUCCUGCAUUGUGGCUGCGCACCAUCAUUUCUGGAAAACCUUUCAAAGUUUAAAACUGCAACCUCCCCCAGGCUGCCAUUAACUUCACUUUUACAUUUGCACUCGUUCAUGUGAAAUGAGGAAUAAUUGAAUCUUUUAAAGACGUUUUUCUACUGGCAUCUGUCACUUAAGUUAUGCAGGGAAUCGUGCCAAAAUGCAGUGAGCUGGGAAUGUUGUGGGUGCCGCCCUCUGAGAUAUGAAUCUGGAAGGUUGUGGCCAUAAUGUUCUGGAUCAUAACUGACCAGAUGAAGAAAAAGACUCUGUUCUCCUCUGAACUAGAUCACGUGUAUUGCAAUGUGGGUGGGGAGUAAGGGUAAGUCCAUACAACACACUUCCCUGAUGUUACGGCACAUGCAUCACAGACAUGGCUCUCUGUGGGACAGUACUCCAGAUAUAUCACCCUUGCAUCCCAACAUUCUCUCAACUAUAAAACUGUAGGCUGACCAAAUUCAGCUUUUGGCACCUUGCAGUACUGUUGUUAGGAAAAUCUCAAGUCAGUCCUAGCACUGAGCCGGCGUUCUCUUUUGCACUAUAUCACAUCCAUUUGCAGAUAUUAUCCAGGUCCUUUGUGCAUUCAAAAACCUUAAGUCGAUACUAUGGACAUGGCUGCCAACAGCGUGUCUUGUAAUAUACAGUUGUAUAAAAUGUACAGUGUGACUCAACUCUAAAUUACCUUAUGAAAAUUGAUUCAACAACUCUUUUCAAGCUAAAGAACAUUGACAAGUCCCAUUGAGGGUCUGAUGGCUCUGCCCAACAGUAUUGUCUGGGUCCACAGUUAAUCACUAUGGAGACCCAUACUGCAGACACAUGAGGCUCACCAGUGGAACAGCAUAAUUAUAAUUAUUAUUCAUUUACUAAUGAAGCAUGAACUGCCUCCUGUAGACCUUUCUUUGCCAUGGUCUCCAGUCUGAACAUUUUCUGUCUGCUGACAGAAAAUUAGAUGCAAUCUACAUUUUUUAGGCACUGGUUUUAUUCUUGCAGUUUUUUGCCACAUUGAUUUUGAUUCCUUUGUUUUAAUUAGAUGAAUGAUUUACCAUGAUUUAUUUAGAUGCUUUCUCUUAAGUGCCUUCAAAAAUAUGUUUGUUGUUUAACUUGGAGAAGGAAAGAAAAGGUUCUGUGUUUUAUUGGUGUGUUAUUUCUGUCGUAGGUAGGCACUAAGAGUAGUCUACUGGGGAUCCGAUAAAUCCACAUCUGUUUUGCUGCCAUUAGCUUAAGAAGGCCUUUUCACAGUUCUUCAUAAUCUUUUCCAAACUCUCUGUCUUCCAGAAUGUUAAUGUACAUCGCACUACAGAGGAUGCCUUGCAGACAGUCCCACCUCACCAAUGACCUUUUGACCUCUGCCAGAUGUUGGAGCUCUUGUGCUCCCUCUCAGGGACCGUCAGUACUCCCAUUAUUGGAAAACACCCCCCUCCCCCAUCCAUCCACGCCUUUCAGAUGAUCUGGCAUAUCCCGGGUAGGAACACAUCUUUUUCCUUGUUGGACCUAAACUCUUUCCUAUCCAAAGAGUGGCAGCCUGCUGUAGCCUAGGUUACACUGUCAUACAGAAACUGUUUUAUUGCUCAAAGCUGGAUUGGACUACAGUGUAUCUCUGCACAGUGGGUUUGUAUUUCAGUGCAAGUGCAUUAACCAGCUGCUUUAUUGUAGUACCAGUGUCACCCAUGUUGGGAGGAGAUCUCGUAUCUUGGGCGAGGAGGGGGGGUGAAGCCACUCUGGGGAUACACCACUUGUGUUUUGUGUGAAUGUGUGACAAUACCAAUUUUUGGACCAACAGUUUUUCAAUUCACACAAAAAUAGGACCCAAGCACUCCGGUCAGUCUGAGAGCGCAACUUCCUAAAAACAUAAGCAGUACCUUCAUGAACGGACAAUCUUGUGCGUUUAUGAGAAUUCUUGUCAUGUUCUGUUUGCACUGAAAAAGUGAGGUAAUUCUGUUGUAUAAUGUACCUUUUAGAAGGCUUGUAGAAGGUAACUGAUGCACUUCAUUAAUAUAUGUCUGAAAGAUUAAGUUGAUGUGAUUUCUGUGAUUAUCUGUGGUUCACAAAAGCCCUUAAUAUCCUUUCUGGAGGAGAUAGCAGGGACAGAAGUUUUAUGAACAAGUGAGAAACUUGUUAUCUUUGAUAACAGCUGAAGGAAAUGUUUUGACAUACUGCUAAAUGUUCCUUCUGUGAUUUGUGGAAUUUAAAACAAUAAUAAAAUUACAGCUAUA